GUUAGUAUACUGCUAUAACCAUCAUCUGCCGGACGGUCUAUGGAUAGACUACUGCUGUCGGUGUGUAGUUGGGUAACGGAGGGGAAAACCGUUUCGAGUUUCACAUCACCGCUGCGCACACAGUGUCAGUGACUUCAAUGCCCGGCUCAGUUUCUGGCUGUCUUUCUAUGAUGGUAUACCGCGUUUGUAUUUAAGUUUCCGUUAUCCGCUCAGUAAAAUAUCGGUGUAUUUUUUAUUGUUUAUUUAUAUACAUUUUUUAUUUUAAUAAAAAUAACAACAAAGAAUAUAAGUUUGACCGAUUAGCCCAGUUACUUUUUUAAUCGCACGGUUCUUUCGUUGAUAUAUUGUUUCUCAUUUGUGUACUAACAAAUUAAUAAUUCUAACACUAAAAUAUUGUUUUCAAAUUCAGGUUUUGUGUAGUGCGUGUGUAUGUGCUAGUGCGCUGUUCGAUUAAAGUAAAUUGUCUGAAAAUAAACGUGCAUAAAACGUUGCUGUCGGUGUGAUCGACACAAACAUGUGAUUUUAGUUGUAACGUCACUACAAGACGAUGUGGAGAAGUAAUUUUAAAAUGACCAUGUUACUGCUGCUUGCUAUCACCAUCAUUGGUGUGGCAUGCGGCGAAAACGACAGCGGACGUUCAGAUGAAGUAGUGAGGGUUAUGCGCAGGCGGCAUCUGGACGAGGCUACCAAGACGGGUCAAGAAUCGAAUGAGAUCGACGACGAUCACCAUAGGCGGGCUGACAUGUCACUGACCCGGGCCGAAGAAUUCAAGUCGACCGCGGCGGCCUGCGGCGGCGGCUCGUGCGGUGAAAUGCCGGAAAAUACGGAAUCGGCUGCGGCAGCUGCGGCGCUGCACGACGACUCUCAACUGAUCGCGUCGUCUGCCGUCCCGUCGUCUAUGGCGGACGAACAGACGUCCCAGUCACAAUACUAUUACGAAUACGUUGGGCCGACAAAGAUCGGUUCGGGGGAAGCCAAGAGGGCUUCGUCGCGUGGCAGAUCACUCGUACCGACGGAGCCCGAUACUGCAGCGCAACAGCCGCCGCAGAUACGACAACAGCAGCAGAUGGAUGUGGCGGCGGCGGUGGCAGACCGUCAGCAGACCCGUAAAGCUGGUAACAGUGACAUGGAAGACAUACUGGACGGGUUCGUUAAGCUACUGAAUGGUCAGCCCGGUCAAGCUGGUUACCGACAGCCGAUCAAGACGCGCAUCAACAACCGCGGACCUCCCCGCAUAUCGGACGCUUCGGUUGUCCUGGAACCGCCGGCGUUUGUGCCUAUGCCGCAACACCAGCACCAGCAACAGCACCAACAACAGCACCAGCAACAGCUACCACCACAGAACAAGCCGAAAGACCCCCCACCGUAUCCGUUCGACGUGCCACAGCCUGCCAGGCCACUGCCACCUCAACCGCCCAACCUUAUCAAGCCGUUCUUGACCGGAGUGCCACUGCCCGAACAGCUGGUGCCCACCAAUGGUGGUGACAACGACGACGAGUUGGGCCCACCAUCUCUGCAGUACGAAGACGACGUAUCGCAUUUGCCAUCGUCGUCGAGACGACCGGUGCAGCAUCAGCAGACAGCCAGGCCACAACAGGAGUACGACUUGUUUGCGGACGGACAUGCGCACGGCCCUGGCCACGUGGUGCCAGCCGCUUCCAGACCUGUCGAAAAUGUGACGGAAAAGUUUACGGUGGACGCGCCUUCGUCUCAGUCACCGCCGCCCUCUGACAGACCGGCCGCGAUCACUGUCUCUGAGAAACCGACCACGACCGACAAACCAUGGUCAGCUAUCGACAUCAACGCGACCCGUGUGAUCGGAAUCCAAGUGUCAAAACUCGUCGAUCACUUGACCUCACCGGUGGUUCCCUCAUCACCUAUCGGAGUAAGCGAUCCCACCGCAGCCGCCUCCGCUGCCGCACCCACGACGACGACGUCCACUACUACCACCAGCACAAGCACCAGCACCGCGGCGGAAUCAACGUCCACGACGACAGUCGCGCGACCGGAAACCACGCCGGCUGGCGAACACGUGACCGGCGUCGGUUCGGCGGUCGUAGUACUCGAGCCGUCCACUUCGGAGGAACCUCAUCGCGACGAUGCGCAUAAGCCGACCGAAAACAAACUCCCCAGCAAGCCUACAGCGCCCGUCAAGAAGACCCCGCAACAGUCAGAAGGGUUCCCGUAUUAUUCACGUCCAGGGAUCGUGCUGGAUGAUCCGGAAUUCAAACCCCACAUCGGAGGCCAGAGACGCCCCAUCCAAGUUCAGGUGCCCAGUAAAGGUGACGUGUUCGACAUAAUGGUGUCCGCCAUUCAAGGGCCGGGUGACAAGCCAGCACUGCUGAAUCCUGAUGAAAUAUCACCGUCAGGCGUCGGAAAAGGAGAAGUGUCCGUGAUAACGUCGGCAGAACCAAACCAGCAGUUCGUGUCCAUCGACGGUAAACGAACGUACAUCAACUUGUUCGGCUCAGCGGAACCAACCGCGGUGGCGCCUCAGUCCAUAAAGCCGACCAGCGCUGCUUCCGGAUCAUAUUCAGUGAGCCAAGUGCUGCAGCCGCAUGGUGCGUCCAAUCCACCGGGACCGCCUCCACCGUCACCGCCAAGCGGGGGCAAACCGUCGGCACCGGCCUGGAAACGGCCCACUCACCCGCCAGUGAGAAUCGACACUUGUAUAGUGGGCGACGAUACGACGUGUGAUGCGGCGCAGCAUGAAAGGUGCCGCACCGAGCUUGGCGUGUCCUCGUGCCUCUGCAGGCCCGGGUACAGCAGGCGAAAGCACCGGGACCCGUGUCACAGUGAGUAUUCAGUGUUUUCUCAUAUUUGCCCUAUUAAUAAAUUAUUAUCUAAGUAUAAGUAUGUUCGAAUUUUUUUUCAAAUCAUUGACGUUAAGUACACCGCCGUAAUAUUAUAAUAUCCAUCUCUGUUGCCAAACGAAUUCGUACCACUAAAUGUUCGGCUAUACAGAUUGUACUACACGAAGAUCAGAAGUUCUGACAAUAUUCCUUGUGUGUGACCUUAGUGUCGGGUAACCAUCACUGACCAUU